UUAAAUUGAACUCUCGAGACGAAACUGAAUCGCUCAUCACUCCUUCUCAAACCUCAAAAUUGCAGUGGAGGCGCAACGGUCAUUUCGAAAGAUGGUGAGGAUCAAGCGAACCUAUACUACACCGAAGACGACGACGAUUACCAAGAGAAGAAAGAAGCUCGCUAAGGAAGAAGAAGAAGACGAUACACCUCUCACAGGCAUCUUCUGUCUUAAACAAAGACAAGACAUGAAGAUCGCCGAGGAGAAAGAGGAUUGCUUUAUCCUCGAUUUCGAUCCCAACGAUUCGUUUGACUCAGAGAAGCUCUCCUCCUCUGAGAACCCAGAAAGUGACGAUGACGUGGCGAUUGUCCAUGAGAAAGGCCAGGUGGCUUGUAGGGAUUACCCACACCCAAGGCAUCUCUGCUUGAAAUAUCCAUUUGGAUCAACCAAUCACCAACUCCAUUGUAACAACUGCUACUGUUAUGUAUGUGAUGUGGCUGCGCCUUGCCCACAUUGGACGCCUGUUGCUUACGAAUCGCAUUGUGAAGCAUCGGCGGAAAGAAGGUGGAACCGUUUACGGGAGCUUCACCGCAAGUGAAGAGGAGUGUGGCUGCUCGCCUUUGUAAACACCAAACAACAAGUGAAGGACUUUCUGAUGGAGUUUGGGGGUUUCCAAUGGCAGAAGCUUAAGAUUUAUGAAUAUUAUAUAUUGAAUAUUGUAUGUAACUCAUCCCCAUCUCUAGCUGAAUAUUAUGCUUAAUUAAAUGAAUAAAACCUCAUUUCUGCUUUACCUUAA